UUCAGAAGAUGUUCCAUCAGUUCCAUGUGGUUGAAUCUGAUUGCAACUUCUUGCGCUUGCUCUGGUGGAAGCAAGGAAAUUUGAACUCACAGCCCACCGAGUUUCGCAUGAAGGUACAUUUGUUCGGUGCAGCUUCUUCUCCGGGAUGUGCAAACUAUGGGAUGAAACAUCUAGCUAAGGAGAAUCGCGACAUCUACCCUCAAGGCUCAAGAUUUGUUAUGAGGAACUUUUAUGUGGAUGAUGGGCUCGCAAGCGUCGAAAACACCGAAGAUGCCAUUCAGCUUGCCAGGGAAGCUCGUGAGCUCUGCGCCAUGGGCGGUCUCCGACUUCAUAAAUUUGUGUCUAAUGACAAAAAGGUAUUAGAGAGUAUACCACUCUCCGAACGAGCCACCAACGUGAAGGAUAAGAAUCUCUCAUUUGAUGAAUUGCCACUCGAGAGAGCUCUCGGGAUUCAAUGGGAUGUGGAGUCUGACCGCUUCAAGCUUAACGUCAGCCUCAAAGAACAGCCUGCAACGCGACGCGGCAUUUUAUCUACAGUAGCUUCACUGUACGAUCCUCUUGGGUUUGUAGCGCCAGUCGUCCUCAAAGCAAAGAGCAUUCUUCAAGAGAUGUGCAGGCGAGGUACUGGCUGGGACGAUCCUCUUACUGAUGAGCUUCGACAUAAAUGGGAACAAUGGAAAAGAGAUCUAGCCCACUUAGAUAAUUUUACCAUAGCCCGUACCUACUCACCUGCUGGAUUUGGAAGGGUCUCUAAGACAGAGCUGCAUCACUUCUCUGAUGCCAGUAUGAAGGGUUACGGCCAGUGUUCAUACCUGCGAUUUCAAAACGAAAAGGGAGAUAUUCAUUGUGCCUUGGUUGUAGGAAAAUCACGUGUCUCUCCAACCAAAGUCACAACCAUCCCACGACUAAAAUUAACAGCAGCAGUUGUUUCCGUGAAAAUAAGCAACAUGCUUAAGGAGGAAUUGGGAUGCAUUAAUGCAGAGGAAUUCUUCUGGACUGACUCUAAAGUGGUCUUAGGAUACAUAAGAAAUGAAGCGCGACGGUUUCACACAUUUGUAGCUAACCGGGUUCAAAAGAUUCAGCUCAGCUCAGCCCCACAACAGUGGCGAUAUGUCCCAACAAAUGAGAAUCCUGCUGACCACGCCUUGACUGCCAGUGAGUUUUUAUCAUCUACCUGGCUUGCCGGACCCAAGUUCUUAUGGAACAAGGAAAUAAAGCUAGCUUCAGAGGAAGUACCAGAGUUAUCAGUCAGAGAUCCAGAGGUCAGGAGUGUUCUAGCACUCAGUAUUAAAACCACGGAACACGUAAGCAUCGUUGAUCGUCUGUCUAAGUUCUCAUCUUGGUCGCUAACUAUAUGAGCAAUUGCACACCUUCUAAGGCACAUAAGCAAUAACAGAUCAAACAAUCUCACCACUGUAACCGAACGUGAAGAGGCAGAACAUCAUCUAAUCAAAAUACUGCAGAAAAAUGUGUAUCAAGAAGAGCUGAAACUGCUGAGCAAAG